CCAGGAGAGCCAUCGGGAGCGGUGUGUGGUGACCUGAUUAAACACGAGAGCAACUACAAUGGAGGCAGUUCCACCAAGGGGGGCUCUGAGUUGGAACGAGGUCUGCUCCAGUCCUACCUCUCUCGAUUGGGCGGAAACUAUCAAAGAUUUGGCGCAACUCAUUUGAGAAGACCUCGACAGGUCAAUCAACAAACUAACGGCGGCACCGUGAAUGAUGGAGCAGCAGCAACCAACGGCACUGGCUCGAAUCCCUGUUGGCGAAACAGUACCAUCCUGCCUGCGCACUCAGGGAGUGUAUUUUAUCAACAGCAGAUGCAAUUGGAGCAACAGCAUUCCCUACAAAUGCAGCCAAUCGAUCACUCCAUUCAACAAAAAUUGAAUGGUAGCUUAGUUGAACUGCCCUCGAAUGCCACCUCCGAAUCUUGGCACUUCUGUUCUGCUGAUCUUCAGACUAUCACUUCCGCAAUGCCUGUUGCCACUGUGAUGGCGUCAACCACUUCCUCAAUGCCCGCCAACCUCCACCUGGUGAAUACCUCGACUGGUGCAACUGUUCCUGCCUCUGCAACGGCAACUAUGAUCCUCAGCCCCACAAACGCCUUCCAUGAUAUCGCCAAUGGAAAUUGCACUACAGUGGCCAAUUCUGUCCACCCAACCAUUGGUGCUGCUAUGAGUGCAGAUGGUUGCUCUGGUGGGAACACCGCGGUCUUUAUGCCCUCGUCUGUAGGGGGAAGUUCGGGGAGUUCUGGCCUUGUGAUCACCGCUGAAAGCUCUGCCUGCUCGAUUCCUGCAGCUACCACGACGAAUGGGCAUCAGAAUCGCUACCAUCAUGAUUGUCAGGAUAACUUCAUCUCCAUGGAUUUUUCGCCCGAAAUUCCACCACCUGCUCAAGAAGAUGAAAUAGAAGAAAUUCCAGACCUCCUAGAUGUGCAGAAUUUUCUUAACAAGUUUCCUUUCACUGACAACGAUGAAGAGGACUUAAUGACUUCAAUAGGUCUCGAUAGCAUCAACUCUAAUUCCAAUAAUAUUAUUAAUAACGUUGGCUUCAAUUCCCACAAAAAUGACGUCAAGCUCCCUCCAGGUCCCCAGUUCUUUAUUGCUCCCGAGGAGGAUUUUUGGAAUUUUCCGGGUCUUAUGGAUAUGUCUUGA